AUGCAGUUAUGGGUUGUGGCCAUUGCUGGGUCAAUGGUAGCUUGGAUGUUGAUCCUCUUGUUUUCUGAACCGACAAUAUUCGGGUUCACACUCCCUGCUAUUGAUCGACAGCGAAGCUUGAACCGCGCAUGUUCCUUCCAUGACGCCGAGAGCGUCCCAGAUACAGAACUGUUGAUUUUAAAGCCCAAGAUCGAUGUCAAAACCCAGCAGCCAGGUAACUUUCAGCGGGUGAAAACAGCGACGGAAGUUGCUGGAGGAGAUGCCUUGAGCGACUCAGAAGAAAACAGCAGAGCGUAUUGUCACGCGUGCAAUCCGACUGUGCUGAGAAACAAGUACCUUAACGUUCACAGUGUGGCCGGGAUAGACUGCAAGACUGUCGAACGGCUCAAUGAUGUUACUCUCUUUGUUAGUAACAUUGAGGCAAAUAGAACUUUGGAUGAUCCGCCUUUGUUUCUGUUUCUGCUCGAAGUCCAAGUGCCCGAACCGUCUUUCGGGGCUACAGAACAUACAAAAUCGGGCUCACUGGCAACGGAGACCGGACCACAGGCCCGGGCCCAACCUGUUACUAAUGGGCUACAUGCAAAUGGACCUAGCCACAUUUGUAACACUUUGCGGUUGACCCAAGCAGCGCGUCUUUUCCUGGUCAUGCAGCAGAUACAAGCCACUUCCGAUGGAUAUCUAGCUUGA